AUGCCGGAACACAAGCACAUUACGGCACAGGAACAUGGGAGACAACACCACAGAACGAGAGUUAAUGCGUUUUCAGUCCAACAACUAUUUCUUCAGAAUACAAUAGACCAAUCGCCGUCAGCUCGUUUGUUAGAGAUGUUCAACAUCCUAUCCCCUCAGCCAAAAGCUGCUACCAGCUGGUACAGUGAAUUAUUUGUCGCCCUGCUCUGUCCUAUCUCGCCUCGUUUCGACUCUUCCUUGACUUCUCUCGAACCCAGAGCGGCAUUACGUAUCAACGGCAGAUCAAGUCGCCUGGCCACUCGAGACUCUCCGUCACUCUUUCCGCAUUGGGUCUUCGUCUUCGCAACCCUUUCGCCAUCCAUUGCCGUUGAUUCGAAUUGUGAUAGCUUCUGUUUCUCACUGCCUACUGUUUGGUCUACCGAUCUCGGCCCCCCUGUUGAUCCUGCACUGGAGCCCCGUUACUCCUGUAUCUGGACCUUGCUUUCUAAUAUAUCGAUUUUGCGGUAUUGUUGGUAUUGUUGGUAUUGUUAUUGCGUCGUAGCCCACGUCGCUGCUCCUGUCAAAGUCAAGCCCUCGCCAACGACCACGACUAUCACAACUACGACAACCACGAGAGCCGAUCCCUUUUUACUGUUUAUCCUAGCUCCGGCUGGCCAUCCUCCACUCUUUGAUCUUGUGAGAUUUUCUGCCGGCACCCUUCACUAG